GCCAGUCUACGCUGAACCCUCGUUCUGGGCGAGCGGUCUCGGGUUCGGAUUCGCGUUUGUUUAUGUCAUAAGAGCGAAAUUAUUCGCUCACAGUUUAUACACAGACACACACACAUACACAUACACACAUUCACAUACACAAACACACACACUUAUACACUGCCACCAGCCAAGAUGAGCAAAUAUUUGGACUUGGGCCUUGGCAUUACAAUAAUCAAUGUCUACUAUUCGCUAUCAUAUUUUCUAAUGUGGUGCGUGGCAUUGCAAAAAGCCAGCGACGACGACAGUGAGCCAUUUGUUUGGCAAGCCGUUUACAUGGGCAACGUAUUUCUCAAUGCGUUUCUCUUCUUGGGGCUGCGUAAGAGAGAUCGCUGGUCGGUCAUCAUUUGGUACUCUUUGACGUUGCUAUGGUUCGUGCCCAAGCUAUACGACCAUAAACGAGGUUGUCAAUUGGACGCGCGCGGUUCAACGUACCGCACUAUCAAUCUGAUAAUGGAAACCUAUGUGAUUAUAUCUUUUGCUGUCAUGGCUUUGGUUUACGUGAAUUUGUCCAAAGAGUUGCCUUUAACUAAGAAUCGCCGCAGAUAUAGAUCAAACGGACAUGUCCAGGAUGUACAAAUGUUGGAAUUGAGCUCAAAUGUGGUCGGUAAAGCACCCUUAGCAACUGCCGAAGUGGAUGAGGACCUGGAUCAAUGCCUGCCAAGCAGCAGCAGUGGCAGCAACAAUAGAGGCAUGCAACAAGUUAGCAGCAUUGAAUUUCAUCGAGCUGCUGCUAAUGAACUGGAUGAUGAUUAG